AGAGGGACCUCGUGAUUAUUCAUCUUAUUGUAUGUCCAGGUGAGCAAAAGUUCAACUUCUCCGCUGUCCAGGUUUUACAGAUGUAUAAUUUUUGGGAGUAUGAGGAUAUGUCCAUUUCUCCAUACUGGACAAGGGUUAUGGUGAUUGCAGUUCGGUCCUUUCGGAGUUCUACCAUGCUCCAGGUAAGUCCAUGUGGGUUGUUGCGUCCGUCUUGGGCCAAAACUGUUCCUCAUUCCAAUCCCAGAUCUCCAAGAAUUCCCGGACCUCAGAGAAAAGGGAAAGUGAGGGACAGCCGAGAGAAGACCGCAAGAACAGGCAUGGAGUUGAACAUUGUUAAUAUCUUAAGUUACAACACUUGU